AGGAGGGUUUUAAGUUUGUAAGGCGGCUACGCGUCUCUCCUCCACUCUCUCUUCUCCCAACACACCAACGGGCAACGGCUACGCAGAUCCCCCACACUUUUCCAUCUUCGAGUAGCUUCAACUGACUCUCACUUUCCUUUCAGUUGUUUGUUCUCCGCUCUUCCCUUCCCGGGAGAUUUUUUUGGAGGAAAUUCUGCUUUUCCCUUCUUUGCCUUCCUCCGAUACUACUUCAGGUAGCCCGAGCCUAAUCUCCAGACAAUCAAAUCCAUACUACUCUAACAUGUGGAGAAAGUUGGCCAAGCAGGCUUCUUCCGAAAAGAUCAGAUUUUCUUUCAAUUCAAGGAAAUUUACUCCAGAUUCCAAUUUUGCCGAGAAAAUAAGACCACUGGAGGCAUUCACCGGCCCAAAGUAUUGUACCCCGCUUCUGGGUUUUCCCCGAAUUGGCGGAUUAUGUAAUCAGAGAGUCGAACUGGAUAGACACAGUUUUAUUGAUUCCAGUAACCGUUUUGGUGUUUCUUUUUCAUGUAAUGAUAUGAGGAGGAGAUAUGGUAGUGUUGCAGAGGCAAUUGUUUCGACGGAUGAGGGUUAUUCAGGGUCUGAAGAGAUUCAAGAGUUGAUUGAAGAAAUGAACAAAGAGGACAACAUGGGGUCGCAGCAGUUUAAGGAGCCAAAGAGGAUAGUGUCAGGCAUCGGGGUAUGGAAAUACUAUGCGUUAAAGAAGAGGCAGAUAACGAUGGAGACAGAGGCAUGGGAAGCGGCGGCCCGGGAGUACCAAGAGCUGCUAACAGAUAUGUGUGAGCAUAAGCUAGCACCGAAUUUGCCAUAUGUGAAGUCCUUGUUUCUUGGAUGGUUUGAGCCAUUGCGUGAUGUAAUUGUCACAGAACAGGAGUUGUGCAAAGAAAAGAAUACAAGACUCUCUCAUGCUCCAUAUUUUAAUAAGUUGCCAGCAGAUAUGAUGGCUGUUAUCACCAUGCAUAAGUUGAUGGCAUUGCUGAUGACUACUUCUGGAGGAAGUGGAAGUAUUAGAGUGGUGCAAGCUGCUUGCCAGAUAGGUGAAUCUCUUGAACACGAGGCAAGAAUCCUUUGGUUUUUGGAGAAGACAAAGAAGAAAAAGAACAGUACAGAUAAGCAUCCUGAAGGUGAACCUGAUAUUUCAACCGAUGUUCAAGAAAAACAAACUAAACAGCAGGAUAAACUGAGGAGAAAAGUUACAACACUGAUGAAAAAGCAAAAGGUCCAUCAAGUAAGGAAAAUAGUGAAGGAACAGGAUGAUUCAAAACCAUGGGGUCAGGAAGCUCAUGCUAAGGUUGGUUGCCGUCUAAUUCAGUUGUUGAUGGAAACAGCACACAUACAACCUCCAGUAGAUCAGAUAGGAGAUGAUCCACCUGAUAUUUACCCUGCAUUUGUGCAUACCCUUAAGACUGUCGCCAAAGAAGGACCGAAUGGUAGCUGCAUUAGCAGGAGAUACGGUGUUAUUGAAUGUAACCCACUAGUUCGCAAAGGCCUUGAGAAAACUGCUAGGCACAUGAUCAUUCCUUACAUGCCGAUGUUGGUGCCUCCCUUAAACUGGACAGGGUAUGACCGAGGUGCUUACUUUUUUUUGCCUUCGUAUUUCAUGCGAACCCAUGGAGCAAAACAACAACGCGAUGCAAUUAAAAAGUGUUCAAAGAAGCAGUUGGAGCCUUUUUUUGAGGCUCUUGAUACACUUGGAAGUACCAAAUGGAGAGUAAAUAAAAAGGUGCUUGGAGUAAUUGACAGGAUAUGGGCCAGUGGAGGUUGUCUUGGUGGCUUAGUUGACCGUGAAGAUGUUCCCCUUCCAGAGGAGCCGGACACUGAAGAUGAAUCAGAAAUUCGCAAAUGGAAGUGGAAGGUUAAAAAUGUGAAAAAGGAGAACUGCGAGAGGCACUCACAGCGGUGUGACAUAGAACUUAAACUUGCGGUGGCUCGAAAAAUGAAGGAUGAGGAAGGCUUCUACUACCCUCACAACCUUGAUUUCAGAGGUCGUGCAUACCCCAUGCACCCAUAUUUAAACCAUCUUGGCUCUGAUUUGUGCCGAGGCAUCCUGGAGUUUGCAGAGGGACGCCCUCUUGGGAAGUGUGGCAUCCGGUGGCUGAAGAUACACUUGGCAAAUCUUUAUGGUGGUGGUGUGGAUAAGUUAUCUUAUGAUUGUCGAACAGCGUUUAUUGAGAAUCAUCUGGAUGAUAUCUUUGACUCAGCAGACAGACCUCUUGAAGGAAGGCGAUGGUGGUUGGGAGCUGAGGAUCCUUUUCAAUGCUUGGCAACAUGUAUCAAUCUCUCAGAAGCAUUGAGAAGCCCAUCUCCAGAGACUACCAUAUCGCAUAUGCCGGUCCACCAGGAUGGUUCUUGCAAUGGAUUGCAACACUAUGCGGCGCUUGGAAGGGACAAGUUGGGAGCAUCAGCAGUAAAUCUAGUUGCAGGAGAUAAACCUGCUGAUGUUUACUCGAAUAUUGCUGCUAGAGUUCUUCAUAUAAUGCAGAGAGAUGCAGAGAAAGACCCUGAAACUAAUCCCAAUGUGUUGCAUGCAAAACUUCUAAUCAAUCAGGUGGAUCGGAAAUUGGUCAAGCAAACAGUUAUGACAUCAGUAUAUGGUGUGACUUACAUUGGCGCUCGUGACCAAAUCAAGCGAAGGUUAAAAGAACGCUCUGCAAUUGCAGAUGAUUCACAGCUGUUUGCUGCAUCCUGCUAUGCAGCAAAAACUACCCUGACUGCCUUAGAAGAGAUGUUUGAAGCUGCAAGAAGUAUUAUGAGCUGGCUCGGUGAAUGUGCAAAGGUAAUCGCUUCUGAGAAUCAGCCUGUGCGGUGGACCACUCCUCUCGGGCUUCCAGUUGUCCAACCCUAUCGCCAAUUAGGAAGGCACCUGGUUAAAACUUCCCUUCAGAUAUUGGCUCUACGGCGAGAAACUGACAAGGUCAUGGUUAAGCGACAAAGGACAGCUUUUCCCCCAAAUUUUGUCCACUCCCUUGAUGGUUCUCACAUGAUGAUGACCGCUAUAGCCUGCAAAAAGGCAGGAUUAAAAUUUGCAGGGGUGCAUGACUCGUACUGGACUCAUGCAUGCGAUGUUGACGAAAUGAACAGGAUACUCAGGGAAAAGUUUGUUGAACUCUACGAUUCGCCGAUACUGGAGAAUUUGUUGGAGAGUUUCCAGACAUCUUUCCCUAAGCUAAAGUUUCCACCCUUGCCGGAGCGAGGAGACUUCGAUCUCAGAGAAGUCUUAAAAUCCACUUAUUUCUUCAAUUAGUCUGAGUCAGAUACAUGGAAGUUUCGUUUUCAACUCAUGCGACCGUUUAUCCAUCGCUUAGGCACAGGACGGGGGCUAUAUUCUUUCAACCAUUAGCACAAACUUGAGCGGGGUGAGGGUACCCUAUGUAUGACCAAGGACAAGAAACUCAGAGGUCUCCCUAUUUGCCAGUCAAUGUUCUAGCCAGCGCUUGUAAAUAUAUCCUGUUAGAUGUGUUCAACCGUUAACAGAACAGGUUGGUCAUAUGCCUACCCUGUACUUGAUUGGCUUUAGCUUUUCUUCUAGGUUCUGUUAAGGAUAUGGAGAAAUAAGAUGAUCUAUCACCGGCCCUUGCUAAGACUAGUUUCAUAGGUUAUCAAGGGCAAGUUUUAUUGUUAUAAGCUUGGUAUGUUAUAUAAGGAAGGUAGAUGAAGCCUCAGAACUGCAGGGAUGACUGAUUUAUUUACAGUUAUUCACGCUGGCAGAGGAUGUAUGCUUCAGCUACAGUCAACAGUUCCUGUAUUUCUCAAAGAGAUGGUGAGGAGCUGAUCUCCAUUGGUUUUUGAAACUGUUACCGGGUCGCCGGAAAGUUUAACAAGAUCAUUUGAAUGUGUUCUUUUGGCACAAUAUUUGUACCCAUAAUGUCACUGCUUAUACCAUUUUUUUGGCAGAUUAACAGAGCAACUAAGGAAUACCGCAGCGAAAAAUAAUACAUACUGAAUUUUUGUAGCGUUUUUAUGCUCUUGCUUUAAAUAUGUUGUUUGGAAUUUCUACUUGAUGCAAUAUAAACUCUCCCAAGUGAA